AAUGACUAAUUGACUUAUUUUGGUUCACAUUGAAAAAAAGAAACUUUUUUAUUUUUAACAUGGGACAAUCAGAUCUCUCAGCGAUACUCAAAUCAGAUGCUAUAACAGUAUCAGCGAAUCAGAUGCUGAAAUCUCUAAAACUAAAAACUUGGUUUGGCUGUUGUUAGAUUUUGAAACCUGAAUCUGAAUGGCAUGGAAUUGAUUUCUUCUUCAACAAUUGGAAACUCAGCUCUGUGUUUAACCCUAAUCUCCAUUCUCAUCUUCUUCUUCCUCACUACAACCACCAUUCCCACUUUCCCGGAUCAUCCUCUUCGUUCUCUUCUCGAUGACUCCCAAAUCACUACGAACAGUAGCUCAAUCGUUAAUCCCAAAUCCUCUUGUGUCUCCUCUAGAUCCCACGAUAAUGGCGGCGUCAUCAACUAUUUCUCCCUCCAUUACUGUAUCUUCAACGAAAACCUAUUCUUCUCGAUCCCAAUAUUGUCUCUUCUCAUUCUUCUUCACUUUUACAUACUCAUUAAAACCGCUCAGACUCAUUUCUCCACCGUCACUACAAAGCUCGCCGAUCGUCUCAAUCUCUCUCCAAGCAUGGCUGCUGUGACUCUUUUAGCCUUAGGUAAUGGCGCACCUGAUGUCUUUGCCUCUGUUGCCGCCUUGCGUGGUGGUCAGUAUCGAACCGGAUUCGGAGCUAUCUUAUCCGCUGGAACUUUCGUCUCUGCCUUUGUAGUUGGGUUCGUUGCGAUCUAUGCAGCGCCGUUUCCGGUGGAUGCUGCGUCAUUUGUCAGAGAUGUGCUUUUUUAUUUGAUUGCUGCUUUGUUCUUGUUCUAUGUGUACUUGAGUGGUGAGAUAUUUGUGUGGCAAGCUAUAGGGUUCGUUGGGUUUUAUAUAUUCUUCGUUGGUUUCGUCUUCUGGAUGGAUUUUGGUACCAAUGUUGAGAAAGGGAAAAGUAUCAGUGAGGAAGAGAAGGAUUUGUUGAGACUUCAGGAUUGUGAGAUUGCCGCAGGUUCUCUUGGGAGUUAUAAAGCAGAGAAAGAACAUCAAUUUUCAGGAAUUUUUCGGCUUUAUGGAACGAUCUCGAGGAUGUGGGAAACUCCUGUAUCAGUUCUUUUGAACCUUACCAUCCCAAAACCUUCUCCUUCGGAAUGGUCUAGGUUUUAUCGCUCUGCCAACAUUGUUUUCUGCCCUUUUGCCCUUUUAUACACUUGCAACUCUUUUGUACAACUAAACCACCCAAUUUCAUUCCUCUUUCCAAACACCCAUCUCCCGCUUUGGCUUGUUGUCCUCUUCAUGACGUCUUCCCUAGCGUUCCUCCACUUCACAGUAGAAAAACAACCACCAAAAACCGAGCAACUGCCGGUCAUUGUUGUAGCUUUCAUAAUGAGUGUUUUCUGGAUAUCAACAAUUGCUGGUGAGCUCCUUAACUGCUUGGCUGCGCUUGGAACCCUCCUUAAACUGCCUCCGGCGCUCCUUGGCCUAACCGUUCUUGCUUGGGGAAACUCGGUUGGUGACCUAGUUGCUGACGUGGCAGUUGCAAAGGCAGGUAGACCAGCAAUGGCUAUGGCCGGUUGUUUUGCAGGUCCAAUGUUUAACAUGCUUGUUGGACUUGGAUCGGCCUUGGUGAUGCAAACAGCUAAUGUAUAUCCAGACGCUUACAAACUUGGAUUCCAUGUAGGUAUUGUGAUAGCUUUCGUCUUCUUGUUGCUUAGUCUAAUGGGAUCUCUGUUGGUAAUAACCUGGUCUAGAUUCCGAGUUCCGAGAUUCUGGGGGAUCUGUCUUGUUGGACUGUAUGUUGCUUUCACAUUUGUUAGUUUGAUCAUCGCCAGCGUUUCAACCUGAUCAUAUGCGUGAAGUCUGCACAUUGAAUAAUCUAGGGUCAACCAGGGUUCAUUGUUUAGGAAUUUUUGUUGUCUAGAAGGGAAUUGCCAAAAUUUUGAGCUCAGCUGAUGGCCACCGCCAGACCAGUAAUCUUCGAAUCCCACAAAAAGUUCUUGUGAUCGUCCGAGCCAGAUUAGUAAAGUUUGGUAGAUAGGUGAUGGUAAAAUAUAUGUGCUUUGGGAGAAGAUUUUGACUCCCCCAUCUGGUUUACUUUUCCAUUGAUUGUACUGGUCUUGUUUUUUUGGGUCUGUUAUAUAUGUAUAAACCACACAUUUGUAUUCUUUUGAUAUUAAUGAGAAAUACUUCAUUGAUCCUAGA